UUUUAGUUCCAAAAUAAAAGUUUCUAUUUCAAACAUCGUGCUGCCAGACAUACAACCAGCACUGCUAGAAAAAAUCUCUAGAUAAUAUGUAUAAAUUUGAUUAAAUUGUUGGGGCAAGAGCCUGUCCACUUUAUAUAUAUACUUACUAAUGAUCAACGGUGAAGACUCGGUACUGUGUUACUAUGACGAUGGAGGCGGUACGAGAGUGUAGGCUGGUGCCGGGGAGGGCAAGUGGUGCUGGAAGCGCUCUCCAGCCACACGCGUCUUGGCAAGGUCACCUUCAACACCUCCCUGGCAAGGAAGGUGAAGUGGACGAGCACCAUGAUAGUGGUGAUAGUGAUGAUAGUGACCGUACGAGAGGUAGUAGGCAGUGAGUGUAUUAUUGCCGGCGGCAACGAUGGCCUGUCCUCGACAUCUGAUCUCCACGCCCCCGACAGGCUCCGCUUCUCCCUGGACCUCUUCAGGGAGGUGUACGCGAGGUCUUCCCCCGAGAGCAACGUGGUGAUCUCACCUGAGAGUGUGUGGGGCGGCCUCCUGCUGGCCUAUCUGGCGUCCUCUGGCAGGACACAGCGCCAGAUGGAGCAGGUCCUAGGCUUCCACGACAAAUCGUCAGCACUCGGUACCUGGAGACUCCUGCAGCACAUGUGGGGCGAGGAUGCCGGGAACAGCAGCCUAGCGGUAGUCAACCGAGUCUUCGUGGACCCUCGACUGGUCCUGAACCAGUGCGUCGCCGACCGUCUCACUGACGAGCUCAGUACUGUAGACUUUCUCCAAUACCGUGAGGCAGCUGCCGGGAUCAACCGCAUGGUGUCUGAGUGGACGCAAGGUCGCCUGGGGAAUCUGGUGCAGCCUGACGACCUACAGAACGCCCUGAUGGUGCUAGUGAGCGCCGCGGCGUUCAGGGGCACCUGGGUGGAGCGGUUCCCCGUCCCCGACACCGCCCUCGCUAGGUUCUUCACCCACCUGCACCGGUUCACCCACGUACCCACCAUGGUCCUGUCUACUAGGCUCAGAUACGGAGAGUCCAGUGUGCUGGGGGCGAGUGUCUUGGAGCUGCCCUACUCUGGUGGCAGCUGGUCCAUGUUCCUCCUCUUGCCUGACCUCGCUCCACACCUGGCCAGUCCACACUUGGGCCAACCACACCUGGCCAGUCCACACCUGGGCCUGGACGGCCUCCUGUCCCGCCUCACCCCCGCUGCUCUUCGCUCCGCCGUCGGUGACAUGUCACCCCGGCAGGUGACAGUGGAGGUGCCCAGAUUCAAAGUGGACUUCGCCCUCAAGGACAACCUCAAGCGGGUGUUGUACGACCUGGGAAUAAGUGAGUUGUUCAGCAAGUCCGCCGACCUGACGGCCUUGGCGCCCUACGGUGACCUGGUGGUGAGCCAGAGCCUGCACCAGGCCUCCCUGGAGGUGACGGAGGAGGGCACGCAGGCCGCCGCCGCCACCGCCUUCAUCUCCCUCGCCAGGUCCAGACCUCCGCCUCCCAUCUCCUUCCAAUGCAACCGACCCUUCGUGUUCCUCGUCUACGACAAUCUUUCUGCCAGCAUCAUGUUCAUCGGCGCCUACAGGAGGCCACAGGAGUGACCCCCCGCCACCCAUACAAUAUGGAAGAAUGGUGUGUAAUGGCUCGUCCUGGUCCAUUGUCAAGUCGUGUAAUGGAAGAGAUGGACCCAUGAAUUAACAUCACCUCCAACAUCACCUUCCACAGCAGCCACUUGGGCUGGACGGUACAGCGACGGUCUCGGUUCAUGCAGGUCGGCGUUUAAUUUCCAAGCGUCCAAGGGGUUGGGCACCAUUCCUUAAUUUCCUCCGUCCCAUCCCAAAUCCUUAUCCUGAACCAUUCGAAGUGUUAUAUAGUCGUAAUGACUUGGCACUCUCUCCUGAUAGUUCCCUUCCCACAGGAGACCUUGGAGUUAACUUACCGUGUUAACUUCAGGUCUCCAGAACUAAUUCACAUCAUUCAAUAAAUCUCACUUGCAUUUCCUCAUCCAAAAUAAAACAUUUUUAAAUAUUUAGCAAAUAUACAAAAAUAUUUGUAGAUUGUAAAUAUUAAUAAGUGCACAGAUGGUCGAUACCUCUCAUUAUCACCUAAUGACUGUAUAUAAUUUAUCAGCUUCUUUAACAAUUAAUUUGUUCACUUAUUUCCUGUUUUUGUUGAAUUCUUCAUUAUGGUUCUCAGUAAUUGAGCAUAACUAUUUAAUGUUAUACGCGAACGCUCAGCACGCAUAUAUAGUGGCUUUAUUAAAUAUGUACCGUAUGUAACAUCUGUUCAACCACCGUACCGUGUUCUAAUGUAUAUAUUUUAAAUUAAAGUUAUUAUUACAA